AGGAACCAUUUUGGUUCAUUUUCUCUCUACUUGUAUCUUCUUUCAUUUUUAUUUUUUCACAAAAAACUCUGUUUUUGGUUAGUUUUUCCUCUGUUUUGGCGAUCUCCUAAAUUAAUGGCUUCUUCCAGUUCUGGCAAUUAUGUACCUGCUGCUGAGGCAGUUCAAGUUCUGGUAUGUUCAUUGGCGGACGAUUCACCAAUUGUACGAGAAUCGUCAAUGGCUGCUCUAAAGGAGAUAACUUUCUUAAACCCACUACUGGUUCUUGAUUGUUGCUUAACAGUAUCAAGAGGUGGACGACGGAGGUUUGGAAAUAUAGCUGGUUUAUUUCAAGUGAUGUCAGUGGCAAUUCAGGCUUUGGAUAAGGGAGAUGUUGAUCCUAGUUAUCUUGGAAAGUUGGCCAAAAUUGCCACCUCUGAGGUGAUCUCAACAAAGGAACUUAACGCUGACUGGCAAAGAGCUGCAGCUGGUGUACUCGUAUCAAUUGGUUCACAUAUGCCUGAUCUGAUGAUGGAAGAAAUAUUCCUCCAUCUCUCAGGGUCAAAUUCAGCGCUUCCAGCCAUGGUUCAAAUUCUUGCAGACUUUGCAUCAUCUGAUGGUUUGUUUUCGUUUACUCCUCACCUUAAGGGUGUACUGGCACGAGUGGUGCCCAUUCUUGGAAAUGUGAGGGACAUCCACCGGCCAAUUUUUGCAAAUGCAUUCAAAUGUUGGUGCCAGUCUUGCUGGCAGUGCAGUGUAGACUUCCCUCAGUCUUCAGUUGUAGAUGCUGAUAUCAUGUCCUUCUUGAAUUCUGCAUUUGAACUGUUAUUGAGAGUUUGGGCAAUUUCACGGGAUCUGAAGGUUCGCCUAUCUUCUGUGGAAGCAUUAGGGCAGAUGGUUAGUCUUAUUACUAGAACGCAGCUGAAGGCAGCUUUGCCAAGACUUAUUCCAACUAUAUUGGAACUGUACAAGAGUGAUCGAGAUGAUGUGGCCUUUGUGGCAACUUGUAGCCUUCAUAAUCUAUUGAACGCUUCAUUACUGUUGGAAAAUGGUCCACCAUUACUUGAUUUUGAGGACCUUAGUGUCAUAUUGUCAACUCUUCUUCCUGUGGUUUGGAGAAGCAGUGACAAAAAAGAGCAUUCAGAUUUCUCAGUUGGGCUAAAGACUUAUAAUGAAGUUCAGCAUUGUUUCCUAACAGUUGGUUUGGUGUACCCAGAGGAUUUGUUUGUCUUCCUUCUUAAUAAAUGCAAGCUGAAAGAAGAACAACUUGCUGUUGGUGCACUUUGUGUAUUAAAGCAUUUAUUACCCAGAUUGUCCGAGGCUUGGCAUAGUAAGAGGCCUUUACUAAUUGAAGUUGUGACGCUGUUAUUGGAUGAGCUUAAUUUAGGGGUCUGCAAGGCCCUUGCAGAGCUAAUUGUGGUUAUGGCUUCCCACUGUUACUUGGUUGGUCCUUCUGGAGAGUUGUUCAUUGAAUAUCUCGUUCGCCAUGCUGCAAUGUUUGGUCUGCACAGAGAUUAUACUGAGAGAUCCAGGGAAUUGAACUCGUCACCUGGUGGUUAUUAUCCUUUUGUGUACAAGAAAGUGGAGAUGAAGAUGGAGGUUGGUACACUGUCAGAAUUGAGUUCAAUCUGUGAAAAGGGUCUUCUUCUAAUAACUGUUACUGUCCCUGAGAUGGAGCAUGUUUUAUGGCCAUUUUUAUUAAAGAUGAUCAUACCACGAGUUUACACGGGUGCAGUUGCCACGGUCUGCAAAUGCAUAUCAGAAUUGUGCAGGCGUAGAUCUUCUCAAAGUGGUGCAUCGGUUUUGGAAUGUAAAGCUCGUGCUGAUAUUCCGCAUCCUGAGGAGCUUUUUGCACGCCUGAUUGUUCUUCUCCAUAAUCCUCUGGCUAGAGAGCAGUUGGCAACCCAGAUUCUAACCGUCUUGUGUUAUUUGGCACCACUUUUUCCAAAGGACAUUAACCUGUUUUGGCAAGAUGAGAUUCCGAAGAUGAAGGCAUACGUCAGUGAUACAGAGGACUUAAAGCAGGAUCCAUCAUAUCAAGAGUCUUGGGAUGACAUGAUUAUCAAUUUUAUUGCAGAGUCUUUGGAUGUAAUUCAGGAUGUUGACUGGGUUAUAUCGCUUGGAAAUGCAUUCGAAAAGCAUUAUGAACUUUAUAAACCUGAUGACGAGCACUCUGCAUUGCUUCAUCGGUGUCUUGGAAUUUUGCUGCAGAAGGUUCAUGCCAGAGCUUAUGUUCGCGCUAAGAUUGAUCUGAUGUAUAAUCAAGCCAAUAUUACGAUUCCGACAAAUAGACUUGGCUUAGCAAAAGCCAUGGGAUUGGUGGCUGCAUCGCACCUAGAUACAGUUCUCGAUAAGCUGAAAGACAUCUUGGACAAUGUUGGGCAAAGUUUCUUCCAAAGAUUUCUAUCCUUCUUCUCGGAUAAAGCUAAAAUGGAAGAAUCUGAUGAUAUCCAUGCGGCUUUGGCUCUAAUGUAUGGAUAUGCUGCAAAAUAUGCUCCCUCAACUGUUAUCGAAGCCAGAAUAGAUGCACUAGUGGGGACCAAUAUGCUGUCACGACUUCUUCAUGUACGCCACCCUACAGCAAAGCAGGCUGUCAUCACAGCGAUUGAUUUAUUAGGUCAGGCAGUCAUAAAUGCAGCUGAAAGUGGUAUAUCAUUCCCGCUGAAAAGAAGAGACCAGUUACUUGACUAUAUAUUAACAUUAAUGGGCAGAGAUGAGGAAGAUGGAUUUUCUGAAUCCAACAUUGAGCAUCUGCGCACUCAGUCGCUUGCUUUAAGUGCCUGUACAACUCUGGUUUCUGUAGAGCCAAAAUUGACUGCUGAAACGAGAAACCUUGUUAUGAAGGCCACUAUUGGAUUUUUUGGUUUGCCAAAUGAGCCUGCCGAUGUUAUUGACCCCCUUAUUGGCAACCUGAUUACUCUUCUAUGUACAAUACUUAUUACAAGUGGAGAGGAUGGAAGAAGUCGAGCAGAGCAAUUAUUGUACAUAUUGAGAAAGGUCGAUCAGUAUGUUUCCUCUUCAUUGGACUACCAGAGGAACAGAGGCUGUCUUGCAGCUCAUGAGCUACUUUUCAAGUUUCGGAUGAUCUGUAUCAGUGGAUACUGUGCACUAGGCUGCCGAGGAACUUGCACUCACAGAGAGAAAACUGACCGUUCUCUGCAUCACACCUUAUCUAAUUUGCCUUCUGCAUUUGCUUUACCAAGUCGUGAUGCUUUGCGCUUGGGAGAUCGUACAAUGAUGUAUCUUCCGCGAUGUGUAGAUACAAAUUCUGAAGUUCGAAAAGUUUCUGUCCAGAUCCUUCAUCUCUAUUUCAGUAUAUCUCUGUCACUUCCAAGGCCUGCAAACUCUAGUUUCAGCAAUGACAUCGAGUUAUCCUAUAGUGCUUUGUCUUCCCUUGAAGAUGUUAUAGCUAUCCUACGAAGUGAUGCUUCAAUUGAUCCAUCAGAGGUGUUUAACAGGGUUGUUUCAUCUGUUUGCAUGUUGCUGACAAAGGAUGAGCUUGCUGCAGCCCUGCAUGGUUGCUCAGGUGCUAUAUGUGACAAGAUCAAGCAAUCUGCAGAAGGUGCAAUCCAGGCAGUUAACGAGUUUGUUACAAUGAGAGGUAAUGAGCUGAAUGAGACAGAUAUUGCAAGAACAACACAAUCAUUACUCUCAGCGGUAAUUCAUGUGACAGAGAAGUAUUUACGUCAGGAAGCUCUUGGUGCUAUAUGUUCCCUUGCGGAGAACACAAGCUCAAGAAUUGUUUUCAAUGAAGUUUUAGCUGCUGCAAGAAGGGACAUAGCCACAAAAGAUAUAUCUAGAUUACGGGGUGGGUGGCCGAUACAGGAUGCCUUCCAUGUGUUCUCACAGCAUUCAGUACUUUCAUACAUGUUUCUGGAUCAUGUUAUGUCUGUCAUCAAUCAGAUGCCUACUCUUGGAGGGGAUCUAGGUCAAGAUGAAAGUUCUAGCCAUGCAGUUGAUAGUAAUUUAGAGAAUAAUAUUGCAAGAGCAGCUAUGGUUGCUCUUACUGCUUUUUUCAGGGGUGGUGGUAAAGUUGGUAAAAAAGCUGUUGAACAAAGUUAUGCUUCUGUUCUUGCAACACUAACGCUUCAACUGGGCAGCUGUCAUGGCUUAGCUAGUACUGGUGAACUAGAACCACUGCGUGCACUACUGGCUGCAUUUCAAGCAUUCUGUGAAUGUGUUGGUGAUCUGGAAAUGGGAAAGAUUCUCGCACGAGAUGGAGAGCAAAGCGAAAAUGAGAAGUGGAUCAACCUUAUAAGAGAUCUGGCUGGCUGUAUUUCUAUAAAAAGACCAAAAGAGGUUCCAGCCAUAUGUUUGAUGCUGAGUAAAGCGCUGGAUCGAUCUUUAAGAUUUCAACGGGAAUCAGCUGCUGCGGCUUUGUCAGAGUUCUUGGGCCACAGUGAUGGCUUUGGUCCCCUAUUAGAACAGAUGGUGCAAGCACUUUGCCGGCAUGUAUCAGAUGAUUCUCCUACUGUUAGGCGCCUUUGUCUAAGAGGGCUUGUCCAGAUGCCAUCUAUCCAUGUUCUCCAGUAUACUACUCAAAUCUUAGGGGUGAUAUUAGCUUUGCUCGAUGACUCAGAUGAGUCGGUUCAAUUAACCGCAGUCUCAUGUUUGCUAAUGGUUCUUGAGUCCUCAUCGAGGGAUGCCGUAGAACCUGUUCUCCUGAACCUUUCUAUACGGCUUCGAAAUCUCCAAGCGUGCAUGAAUGAGAAAAUACGAGCCAAUGCGUAUGCUGCAUUUGGAGCACUGAGCACGUAUGGAACUGGGCCUCAACGAGACUCAUUUCUUGAGCAGGUUCAUGCUGCUUUUCCCCGGAUGGUUCUACAUCUUCAUGAGGAUGAUCUUAGUGUGAGACAAGCUUGCCGAAACACUUUGAAAUGCAUUGCUCCCUUGAUGGAAAUUGAUGGAAUAACUGCUGUUUUUAACAGUCAUUGGUUUAGUUCGGACCACCGAAGCGACUAUGAAGACUUUCUGCGAGAACUUGCAAGGCAACUAAUUCAAAAUCUUGCUACCCGAGUUGAUACGUACAUGGCAUCAGUAAUACAGGCAUUUGAUGCUCCUUGGCCAGUUGUUCAGGGAAAUGCGGUUUAUUUAUGCAGCAGCGUUCUUGCUCUCUCCGUUGAUAAGCAGAUAUCAUCUCAUUACUACAAUCAGGUUUUCGGGAUGUUAGUCGGCAAAAUGAGUCGUUCAACCGAUGCAAUUGUUAGAGCAACUUGUUCUUCAGCCCUAGGGUUAUUGCUCAAAUCAUCCAAUGCAAGCUCGUGGAAAGACGUUCGACUUGAUCGAUCUGAUUCAUCGCAUAGGGGUCAUGAAUCGGAAUCUGGUAGGAGAUCAUGAUAGCGAUGAUUAGUGUAACAUACUGAGUCUGCGAAAGCACGAAACUGUCACUUUAGGUCCUGCAAUUUCAAGAGCUUUGAUGUCCAGUGUACAGUUAUAAUACUGUUUGGUGUCUGCAAGGUUCCAUUUUUUUUUUCGUGUAUAUUAGUGUUGUAUAGAUAGCUUGUUAUAUCUAUGUAACAUAGUGUCCGUGUGUUUGUACAGCCUUGUAAAGUGAUUUUCCCACGACAUAUUUAAUGUUAACAUAUAAUUCUAUUUAUUAUGUGAAAGCUUGAUUGUAAUU